CCAUCCAUUACUCACCAUCACCACCCUCUUCUUCCUCUUCCUACAACCUCACCUACUCCACCUCCUCCUGCUCCUGCUGCUGCUGCUGCUGCUGUCUCUCUCGCGCGCGCCACAGCUGAAGCGGAAUCAGCAAGCUCUUCCAGAAUGCAGUCCAGGCACCGGGUGUUCGCCGAGGACCUGCUCCUCGCGCAGCUGCAAGGGGAGGACCACUUCGACAGCGUGCCGGACUCGCUCGUGCUCCUCAUCUUCAACAAGCUCGCCGACGCGCGUUCCCUCGGCCGCUGCUCCGCCGUCUCGCGCCGCUUCAACGCGCUCGUCCCGCUCGUCGACGACGCCUGCCUCCACAUCGACCGCGUCAUCGCCGCCGGCGACGCCGACGACGCGCUCGGCGCCUCGGGCGGCCCGCGCCAGCGCGGCGUCCUCUCCAGCCUCCUCAAGACCGUGCUCCUCGCCGUGCUCAAGCCCUUCGGCCACUGCGACGCCGGCGCCAGGCCCGCCGGCCACGCGGGAGGCAAGCACGCGCCGCACCACUCCCCCGCGCAGGUGCUCAAGAACUUCAGCAGCAUCCGCAACCUCCGCAUGGAGCUCCCCGUCUCCGACGUCGGCACCGACGACGGCGUCCUCCUUAGGUGGAAGGCCGUCUUCGGCACCACGCUCCAGAGCUGCGUCAUCCUCGGCGGGACAAGGCUGGACCACGCCUCGCACGCGCCCUCCGCCUCCGUGGCCCCGGAAGAACACGACGCCUCGCAGGGGGACGACGACAAUGGGAGCAUACCGGAGUCCUUCUACACCAACGGCGGGCUGAAGCUGCGCGUGGUGUGGACCAUCAGCUCGCUCAUCGCCGCGGCCACCAGGCACUACCUCCUCCGCGAGAUCGUCAAGGAGCACCCCACCCUGGAGCGCGUGGAGCUGACGGACGCGCACGGCCAGGGCAUGCUCUGCAUGGAGCGCCCGCAGCUCAAGGAGUUCACCGACAAGCCGCUCGCCGCCGCCGCCGCCGCCAACCGCACGCAGGUGCCGGCCUGCAACAUGAAGCUCCGGUACGCGCCGAUGCUGGAGCUGUCGGACGGGACGAGGAUCCAGGGCGCCACUCUGGUGGUGAUCAAGCCCGUGGGCGAGGCCGGCGGCAUCGGCGGUGGGCGCAAGGAGCUGGACGAGUUCGUGGCCGGCGCCUUCGACGGGCCCUUCAGGGAGGCCGUGGCGAUGCUCAGCAAGCGCCGCACCUACCUGCUAGAGAUGAACGGCUUCUAAUCAUGUGACCUUCCUUCGUGCGCGAUGGCGAUGGCGAUGACAAUGGCCACCGGAUAGAUUGCUCUGCUCUGUUAGCUUCAGCUCUGCUCAGUGGCAGGCAGGCAGGCACACCGAGGCGUUCCUUGUUGUAACAGCAGCGAUCAUGUCUCAUACGUAUCUCAUUUCUUCGCUACUGCCUUAGCAUCCUUGUAAUCGCAAGCAUCAUUUCGUUGCGGUGAUCUCUCAUCUGAUCGAUUAAUGGAUGAAUGAAAUGAAGUGAUACGACAUUACCACAUACAGUACAUCAA